AUGUCUGAUACAGGUCGUAGUCCAGGACGUGCAGCAAGAGCUGGUUCUGGAGGAACUGCAGUGCGGCAGAGACGUGGCGGUCCUUCUGCAGGUUCAGGACGUUCAGCACGUGGUGGCGUAGGUAGUGGUGGUUUAUGGCGUUUUUACACAGAAGAUGCAACGGGCCUGAAAAUUGGGCCAGUCCCAGUGCUCGUCAUGAGUCUCGUUUUCAUAGCUUCUGUUUUCAUACUACACAUUUGGGGCAAGUCUGCGAUACUGAUUAUGGUAUUAAUUGAAGAAAUUGUUGAAAGUAAGAAAAUGGCUGAUUCUGUUAUGUAUACAAAGAAAGAGAAACAAAAAAUAGUAAAGAAAAUUCCUUUUGAUAAGAUGAUUUUGGAAGAUAAUAAGUUAAGUGAGAAGCAACUUAAGCACUGUAACCGAAUAGGGAAGAAGAAGAAGCUGAAAAAGGAUGUUAUUACAAACAAAAAAGUGCUUGUUGCGGAAACGAAAAAUACUCAGCAGCCUAUUCAGGAGGUUCAAAGUCCUAAGACUGUUAAAAGGAAAAGGAAACAAUCAUUGAAAAACGAAAAGGAUUCUUCGACUGAGCAAAAACUAUUGAUUAGAAAAAAUCGAAAAAAGAAAAAAGAGGAAGAGAGUGCAGAAAAUCUAAACUCGGAGAAGAUGCCUUUAUUUAUGAAUGACGGCGGUGUACGUGAGGAAAGCUUUUCUGGUAUAAAUACUGCUUCUGAACAGAGCGAUAAUGACAUGAAAAAUGAUUGUUUUUCUUCAAGUGAUCUAUCGGAAUCAGAUACGGACGACUUGCCAGUAGAAAAGAAAUCUCGCAGAUUGGAAAGGAAGAAAGAAAGUGAUGAGAAAUUCGCCGAUGAUGAACUUUUGUUGAAUAUUGAGAGCGAGGAGAGAUACAACUUGCCAUCAAUUGAGAAAGUUGAGAUUGAACUGAAACAGGCACCUAAUUUAAAAAUCAUAAAACAACGUAUCUCAGACAUUUUCCAGGUGCUUGGUGAUUUCAAAAAUCGACGUGACGCAAACCGAAGUCGAAAAGAAUAUAUUUCUGUUCUCACAAAAGACCUCUGCAGUUAUUAUAGCUAUAAUGAAUAUUUAAUGCAAAAAUUCAUGGGUAUUUUCCCAAAUGGAACAGAACUGCUAGAAUUUCUGGAAGCAAAUGAACAACCACGACCUGUAAUCAUACGCUCGAAUUCAUUGAAAACCCGACGGAUGAAUGUUGAUCCAGCAGCAGAAUGGACUAAAACCGGUUUAAUUGUUUACGAUAGUCAAGUUCCUGUUGGUGCAACUCCGGAAUAUCUUGCUGGGCAUUAUAUGCUGCAGGGACUGAGUUCCUUUCUUCCAGUUAUGGCUUUAGCGCCACAACCGGAAGAAACCAUAUUAGAUGUAUGCUCUGCGCCUGGUGGUAAAUCAUCUCAUAUUGCAGCACUGAUGAAGAAUACUGGAGUUCUUUAUGCAAAUGAUGCUAAUAUGCAGCGCUGUCGUGCGGUUAUUGGUAACCUGCAUCGGCUGGGAGUGAAUAAUGCGGUUGUAAGUAAUUUAGACGGGCGAGAAUUUGCAAAAAUUAUGCCUCAAGGUUUUGACCGUGUUUUGUUGGAUGCACCAUGCUCAGGAACAGGUGUAAUCUGGAAAGACGGAAGUGUUAAAACACGACGUGACAGUCAGGAUGUUCAACGAUGUCAUACUUUACAGCGACAAUUGAUACUCGCUGCAUUGGAUUCCAUUAAUGCAAAUUCAAAAACUGGUGGUUAUCUAGUUUAUUCGACAUGCUCUGUUCUAGUCGAAGAAAAUGAAGCAGUCGUGCAUUAUGCAUUGAGGAAACGAGAUUGUAAACUUGUACCAAUGGGAUUGGAUAUCGGUAUAGAAGGAUUCACGAAGUUUCGGGAAUAUCGCUUUCAUCCAUCACUUUCUCUCACUCGGCGAUAUUAUCCACAUAUCCAUAAUAUCGAUGGGUUCUUUGUAGCAAAAUUCAAGAAAUUGUCAAAUUCAAAGACAAAAAACACAAAUUCAUCCGGUGAGCUGAAAAAUAAAAAUGUUAGUGUUUUCAAAAGCAAAUUCCAAAAUGGUAAUUCAGAUAGAGCUAGAAUUGCAGGAAAGCCUGUAAUGACAGAGAAAUCAGUGUCACAUGGAGACGAUCAAAAGAAACAUCAGCAAAAGUUUUUGGUUGAAAAAAUGGAAACCGAUAUAGAUGCAUCAAAAAGCGAAAUAUCAAUGGAAUCUGCGAAUGGAACCGUACCGGAAGGUAAUGCAAACAAGAUGUUGAAGAUGCGAGUUUGCAAGAAAAAAUUUUUAUCUAAUAAGUUCAAACCAGGCAAAGAUAGUAAAUUCAUGAGAAAGAGGAUGAAAAAAAAUUUGAAAAAAGAAAGUACGAAUGCUGUAGCACAUUAG